AUGCCCUCUUACGGUUCUCUUCAUUCACCAUCAUUGCGCAAAAUGGAACAAUCACGGGUUCAGUAUGGGAGAAAGGGCAUUAAUCUGGGGAACAUCAUCGGUGACCCCUUUGCUCUAGCCACAGUCUCCAUCUCCAUGCUUGCAUGGAUUAUUGCAUUCAUUAGCUCUAUUAUCGCUACAACACAAUCAACGAAUAAUACGGGACCAUUCCCCGCCUUCGCAUGGUGGACAGCCGUUUACAUGUUUUUCCUCAUUGCCGGCGUCUUCGUCGUCGUGGCAUCCGAUACGACACAAACCUACCAUGUCGCUCUUACGGGAUACUUGGCCGCUGCCCUUUCCUUGAAUUCACUCACCAUCCACUCCCUCAUCUACUCUCCCCUCGGCGCUCGCCAGGCUGCUGGAGCUGGUUUCAUACUGAUGGCCAUGGUCACCAUUGUGUGGAUCUUCUACUUUGGCUCUGCUCCUUCAGCGAAGCCGCGUGCUUACCUCGACUCCUUUGCUCUCCAGAAGGAAUCUGGAAGCAGACAGAUGAUGUACGGCGGUGGCAGACCCGAGACUUCGACCUCGGUGCAACCUCCCCAGAUGUACACCUCGGCGCAGCUGAACGGCUUCGAGAACCCGUCCCCAGUGCAGGGCAUUGCAGCCGGACCCCGCGAGUCCGCCGUAGCGCCAACGUUCACCACACCUGGGCCUCAAAAGACACCAGACCAAGAGGUGGUGCCGCCCACCGAAUACCCUUACCGCGCGAAGGCCAUCUACAGCUACGAGGCCAACCCCGACGACGCAAACGAGAUUUCGUUCUCCAAGCACGAGAUUCUGGAGGUCAGCGAUGUGAGCGGAAGGUGGUGGCAAGCACGCAAGGAGACUGGCGAGACGGGUAUCGCACCCAGCAACUACCUGAUCCUGUUAUGA